UUCAUCAGAUGCAUGUUAGUAGGAGUGGCCCAGCUGUUUUUUAAGCAGGUAUCUCAUUUCAGUGAUUCAUGAGCACUAAUUUGACAAUCAGUUUGGUUUUAGUCAAUAAAACAUUUCAAAUGUGCCCACCGAUGUAAAUGGUGCCUCUUCUAACAACCUUUUUGCUGUGUUUUAUGUUAAUCCAAAUGGGAUUGUUUGUAAUGUGGGGUAAAUAGACUUCAUAUUUCUCCGGGUGCAUGUUUUAUCUGCUCAAGUAUUACGUUUAAGUGGACAAAGCAUACUGUUCCUCUGACUUUGCCUAGAAUGGGCACAGCUUUACGGGUUUGAUGGGAUGUUUAACAGUUAUUUUUAAAAACUAACUUGUGCUUUUGUACAAAGAGCAAACAAGUGAGCAGGUCACUGAAGCUUAAAAAGAAUAAGCCUGACUGCAGAUGAUACCUCCAAAUGGGGGCCCAUGGCUGCCUCGUGGGAAAUCUGUUUUCACAAGAGCAAGUGCUAGUGAAACUUUGAUAAAGUUGUGUCUUACAAGAUACUGGCUUUUACUGUGUUGUCCCAGUAUGAGCCUUGGGAGGGCUUGAAGGGAGGGCGGUAAAGCCGUAUACACCAAUCUGACUCGUUUCACAUUGAUGGCUUUUGCUCUGACAUGCUGUUUUCUUUCAGAUGAAGAAUCUCAUGAACUUGCCUGGCUUUGGAAACACGUCAAGGGCAGGGUGCAAAACACACUAGUAGGACAUGACCCUUAACCUUUUCUCUAAAGAGUAGCCCUAUAGGUAUAUUUCACCACUUUAAGAAGCUGUUCCUGAGUGAGCAAGCAGGUCGAGCCCAGGCUCUGGAGUUUGUCCGCAAGAAUGUCGCCAAUGCCCUCUCUAUGGCUAACCUGAUCAUGGGUCUGUCUUCCAUCCUCUGCAGCCUAAAUGGGCAAUACUACUAUGCUUGCUGGCUGCUCCUGAUUGGAUUCCUGCUUGACCUAGCGGAUGGAGCGGUUGCUAGGCAACUGAAUGCUUGCUCAGCCCUGGGUGCCAAGUUGGAUGACUUUGCUGACUUCACUUCAUUCGGUCUGGCCACAGCUCUGCUGCUGCAGGCUCAUGGGAUCCUGGAUGGCUUGCUGGCUAUCGUCUAUGUGCUCGCAGUCUUUUCCCGCUUGUGCUUCUUCUCGAGUGGAAUCCCUUUCAUGUAUCGAGGUCUGCCCUGUCCCUAUGCUUCUUCCCUCCUGACUGGCACAUACCUCUUGACUGGGGGCAACCUUGUGGUUCUGCGGAUUGUGGCCAUGAUAAUGAUCCUGUUCAUGGUUGACCAGGGCUUCUAUCCUCAUGACAAAGUAUUGGAGUCCCAGCUCUGGAAAAAGAUGGUCUAUGCAGGGGGUAUCCUGAUGGUUUUGUUCUCUUCCUAUUCAAUAGUCUCUCUCUACUAUCUCGUUUGGUCUACUACUUACAUCUUCUUCCCAGUCGCCUUGUGGAGCUGCAAAGUUUAACUGCACGCUUGGUGUCGUGUAGAUGAUGACAGCUUCAUGUGUCACCAUGAUAACCUGCCAAAGGCAACACCUGUGACCUAAAUGAAGACUUAUCCUGUGUUAACAUCCAUGAGUUGCCUAAUCCUUACUAAAGGUUUCAUCAUUGCAAUCAUCUAUACUUGAAAGUAACAGCGACAGGAUGUCUUGUCACUUCAAAUAACACUUUCAAACUGGAGUGAUAGGAAGUAUCUGUGUUAACGCAGCUCCUGCAGUUCCCCUGCGUGUUUCAAAGUGUUCAUGUAGUGCCUGCUCUCUGACACCACAUGUGAUAAUUAACAUGAAGUUUAACGCUUGUUAAUGGGGAAACUUCCUUUAAACUCUCCCAGCUAUUUGAGGGUUUGCUGUAGAUGUGAGUGUACAUAUUCCUUACAAAAAGAUACUGUCUGGAUUUAAGUUGAGAAAUUCGGAUUUUUAUUAUGCUUAAAAUCAUGAAUUUACAAAGUUAUUUGAUUCUUCUAGAGUUGUAGAGCAGUAGACACCCACGAUGGGGGUUCCUCUAACAACCCCACGGACCCAGCCUCGCCUGUGGCUCUGGAAGAGGCCCAGGAAGGCUGAGAGCAGUAUCAGAAGCACUGAGAUGUUGAUUUGAAAACUGCUGCUUAACAUCUUGACCCAGUGGGCCCAACCUUAUUACGCGGGAGGGCCAUAGGAACUUAAGCACGACCUUGGGUGGGCCAAACAGAUUUGACAGAUUUUAAUCAGAUUUCAAGGCACCUGUAUUGAUUUAUAUUUGAAGUCCAGCUUGUUUCUUAUGUAUUUAGCUAGGUUGUUUCUAUGUACAGUAUUGUCUGUUUACACACUUGUGUAAACUAAAAUGAUGUAAAUGACAAAACGCUAAUGAAUCGGCCAUUAGUAUAUUGUGUUGAAGCAGGGUGUGGGCCUUAUGAAAUGCUCUGGUGGCCUGUAGGUUGGGCUCCCCUGUCCUAACCCAAUGAAAUGGCAUGAAAACAGUUAGAGUAAGUUUAUUUGUAUAUUUGUAAUACACAGGAGAGCAGAGCAGAUGGCUUUUUUCUUAAUGGAUCACUGAGGGCAAUUUUGAAAUUGCUCUCAGACCUUCUCAGCAACAGUGUUUUGCAUUUGCACGAAAGAUUAAAAUGUCCUGCCCCUUUCCAGAGGUGGCACAGUGCAGGGGCAUAGCUAGGAAAUGUCGGUUUAGAAGAGCCAGUGACUAAAUGAACAUAAGCACAUGGCUUACAUUAAACCACCUAGUCCUAUAUUUUUGCAGACACUGUAGCUGGGCUUUUAUCCUGCUCCAAGGGCCUUGGCUUCUCAUCAGAGUUAGGCUGGGAAAACAGGUGUACCUAAAACAUAGGGUAGUGUUGACUGUUUUAGAUAGAUAAUUAUGAACAGCUCCCCAUCGAAGGUGAGAUCUGUAGAUUAUAAAUUGUAACCACCGACUACUCUAACACUCACAUAGAAGUAAUCAGACUAGCAAGAUCAUCUUGUACUUGAAACGUAUAACCAUACAUACAGUGUACCAGACCAGAAUCCCAUUGCAGUGGGACCUUACCAUUUCAGAGAAUCCUGUGCUGAAGGAAGGAAAAUUCUGACUAUCCCACUACAAAGCACCUGCCUCUGAGAAGGGAAAAAUGUCUUGCAGACCAAGGGAUAAAGAAUAACCUCUUAAAUGUUUGGGAUCCUGGUGUAACUACAUUGAAGUCUGUGGAGUUGCACCAGGUCUGAAUUUGGCCCACGUGCAGCUUUAUUGCUUUUACUGGAGUUGUACCUACUGAGGUAGGAAUUUGGCCCACUGCAUAAACUUCGCUGGUGAAGGGACUCUACCCAACUGUGAAUUGUCUUGGCAAUGUGAAAACCUCUCCCUGGACAUAACUUGGACUGUCCCUGUGGGUUACAAGUCUGAGGCUCAAAACUUCACUCCAGAGACAGACCAGGGAAAUUGACCAAAUACAUACACACCUACGUCAGUCCGGGCGUAGCUACUUCAAAGACUAUCGCAAAACAGUAAAACACUUGAGACCUGGUUCUGAUCUCUUUGCUGUGGUGUCAAUCUGGAGUAACGCCACUGAAGUCAGACUAACAUCUGGGUAAAGCUGGUGUCAGACCAAACUCAGGCCCUCACAGUUCAAGUUAUGGCCUCAAUUGACAAGUUAUGAUCUGAGUAUCAUUCCGAUAAAGAAGUUAAUUAAAAUAACCAUUAGAUUAACUAGGUUUUAACAUUGGUGUCCUUCUAAUUAAUGAUUCAGUCUGAGAGUGCAUUUGAAAAGAAAAUAGCCAAACUACUAGGGUAAGAUCCUUCUGCCUUAAUUUUUUGACAAAUGCAUGUUCUUAUAAAGGUUGAGGUUUUCUCACUUGAGCUGUCUGGGAACGGGGAAAGUGGGUCAUGUAAGCACCUAGAUUCUGCCUCCUACCUUCUCUAGGGUUGUGAAAAUAAGCCUGACCUUCAAAGUGUGCCCCCGGAGGAACAGACUAAUGAGAACUGCUGAAGUAAGUCCUGCACCUUGAAGCUCCCUCUCUAGAGGCCUGAUCCUGUGAAGCACUGAAUGCCUCCCAGGAGAUGCAGCUGACUUCACUGGGAACUGAAAGGUGCUCAGCAUUUCACAGUGCUAGACCUUGAUAUUUCUCCUCCUUUGUGUUCGAGUCUCGAAAUGACAAAUGAGUCACUUGUGUACCCCAGGAGGGCCCACAGAGCAGUCCUUGCAUUCACCAGUGCUAGUUGGGCACAAAAGGAUGUGGCAGCUAUUGCAGUGGGUCAAAGCAGAGGUGCACUUGACUUUUCAAGCCAUUGAGUCCCUAAUUCUGAUUGCAUCAGCAUCCUUAGAAGUAUCUGAACUCGGUCCUGUUGGCUAGAGAGGGUAAAACUAGCCAGGCUGAACAGUGGCUUCCUAGCUGUGCUGGGAAAUGCCUUGUUGGAGCCCUAGUCUCUCUCCCAGCCCCUGAAGGAGAGCCCCUAAGCUCGGGCCUAGCCGCUGUGGCUGAUUUGAGUGGCAGUGUAUUGCUGCAACCUCUAUGGCCAAAGAAUGGCUCCAUUAUGAGGCCAUGAGUAUCCCAGUGGAGCAAGGAGAGAGAGUAGCUAGGAAUCAACCCACAUGGUACCUUAUCACAACAUAUGCAAAACGGGGAGGAAAACCAGAAGCUUUCCCAUUAGGCAUAGCCUUCACUCCCAGAGUGCUCUGGCUCUUUCCAAGUGUUUUUUAAACAUGGCACGUGACCUGAUGCUGUGACUACACCUGGCAUUGUUUCCAUGUCACCAUCUUUUGUUGGCACAACUAAUGGGUUUGAGAGAGUAAAAGCACCAAGCAAGAAGCUGCCUGGCAAAGUGGACUGUAGCUCAUCUGUAGCUGUGGGGUGAGAGACCGGAGACUGUCCUGAAGCUGUUCUGUUCUGGCAAUUGAAAUGUGAACAAGAGAACACUCAAUUGGCAGAUGUAUCACAAAUGUACAUAGUAAUUUAUUAUAAGAAAGUAACUGUGGUGUGGGUUUUUAUUGUUGGAGUCCUGAAUAUAUUUUAAAGAGAAUUAGGUCCAUCCCCACCUGAAUACUGUGGGGACAGAACUCUUUCAUUUCUCCUCUAUUGAUUGAAUCUUUGAUGGGGAAGAAAAUCAGCUGUACCAGCUCUUUUAAAAUAUGAGGUCUUGAUGUCCUGGAGUUCUAUAAUAUUUAUUUUUUACUGAUCACUGUAGUGAAAUGUAUUUUAUUUCUCCCCCCUGCAUUUGCUUUAUCUGGGGAAAGGGCACAGGAAUGGAAAAUUGUACUUGAAAUUGAAGUUCAAUCUCUGGAAAUAAAAUUUUGGGGAAAAACA